AUGGCCGCCAGCCCAAUUCAGAAUGGACUCUUCGUCCACAACAACACCGUUGCCCCCGAGCACCCUAGCUUGAUGAGCAUGUUCUCUCUCAAGGGCAAGACUGCUAUCAUCACGGGUGCCGGUGCCGGUAUUGGACUCGCCGUUGCGCAUGGCCUGGCUGAAGCCGGUGCUAACGUCGCUCUGUGGUACAAUUCCAACGCAAAGGCUGCCGAGCGCGCGGCGGAGAUUGCCCAGAAGUACGGUGUCCAGGCCAAGGCCUACCAGGUCCAGGUCACCGACCCCAAGGCCGUCCAGGAGGCCACCGAUACUGUGGUUAAGGACUUCAAUGGUCGCUUGGACGUUUUCAUUGCCAACGCUGGUAUUCCCUGGACCCAGGGACCCAUGGUGGAUGGUCCUAUCGAACACUAUCGCGACGUCGUGAACAUUGAUCUCGACGGCACAUUCUACUGCGCCAGAGCUGCCGCAUCUCACUGGCGCCGCCAGAAGGAGGAGGGCACCGAUAUUAAUGGCAACAAGCUCACCAACUUCACCUAUGGUAGCUUUGUUGCUACUGCUUCCAUGAGUGGUCACAUUGUGAACUUCCCCCAGAUGCAGGCUGCUUACAACGCCGCCAAGAGCGGUGUUGUCCACCUUUGCAAGUCGCUCUCCGUUGAAUGGGUCCGUUUCGCCCGCGCCAACACCGUCUCCCCCGGUUACAUCGCCACUGAGAUCUCCAACUUCGUGCCCGACGAGACCAAGAAUAUCUGGCGGGACAAGAUCCCCAUGGGUCGUGAGGGUGAGGCCCACGAGUUGAAGGGUGCUUAUCUGUACCUGGCUUCGGAUGCGUCCACCUACACCACCGGCGCCGAUCUCAUUGUGGAUGGCGGUUACUGCGCUCCAUAA